CCGGAAGUGAAACUGCUGUAGUGAGGCUCGCAUCGUUCGUCUUGUUUAUCUUCCUCGAGAUGAAUGCUAGUCGACUUUUCCUACAUUUAUUGAAUUCUCAUCAAGUAACUAUUAUGUGGAGUAUGUUAAUGAGUUAUUAAGGCGUUUAGAGUGUGUUUGUGUCAGACAGCAGGCGUUAAUACGACUGUGUAAGGGAGUGGUUUGGCUUGGCCUGUGCUCACACACACUCGUAUAUUUCACACAUUUAUUCUUUUAUUUCUCAGGAGUUUAGUGUCUUUAUUUAUAUUUGUGUAAUAAAUCAUGGCUGUGGUCAACGAAGGAGCUCUUAAAAAGAUGCUGAAGCAAUACAAAUACAAAGAUCUCACUGUCCGAGAGAUAACAAACGUCAUCUCUCAGUACAAAGACCUCAAACCUGUUAUGGAUGCAUACGUGUUUAAUGACGGAUCGUCCAGAGACUUGAUGAGCCUCACAGGAACUGUUCCGGUUAGUUAUAGAGGGAAUGUGUACAAUAUCCCCGUGUGCUUGUGGCUGCUGGAUACGUAUCCCUACAAUCCUCCGAUAUGUUUUGUGAAGCCCACCAGUGCAAUGAUGAUCAAGACCGGCAAACACAUCGACGCCAACGGCAAGAUCUACCUGCCAUACCUGCACGAGUGGAAACAUCCUCAGUCCGAUCUGUACGGGCUCAUCCAGGUCAUGAUUGUGGUGUUUGGAGAGGAGCCGCCCGUUUUCUCCAGACCCACCACACAACCUCCUUACCAGGCCUUCCAAGCAGCCGGACCCCCGAACCAGUCCUAUAUGUCAGGAAUGCCAGCAGUAUCUCCUUACGGGCCACACCCAAACCCCUGUGGUUACCCAGGUUACCCUUACCCAGGAGGCAAUGCUUAUCCUGCCACAGGCGGUCCAGCACAUUACACUUCCCAGACUCCCGUCACUACUGCGGCACGCUUCACCCUUCAUAUUUACUCCACCCGUCUGUCUCUGCUCUGUCGUGACCCUGACCUCUGGUCUUCAGCCUGGCCGUGUGCCUGCUUUACAGUGACUUCGUUGGACUGCUCUGAAAGGAGAGGGAAGAGGAUCUCAGUCCUCAGAGACCUUUCAUCAUUAGGAGAAGCCCUGCGGAGAGGAGUCAUCGACCUGGAGGUCUUCCUCAAGCAUGUGCGUCUGCUGUCCCGCAAGCAGUUCCAGCUGCGAGCGCUCAUGCAGAAAGCGCGAAAGACGGCCGGACUCAGUGACCUCUACUGACCCUGCGCUCCAGCUCUGAUCGCACGUGCCAGACUCGGAUCUAGUCGCUCUGUGGUACGUCAGUGGGAGUUCAGCUGUUUAUGAUCUUUUACUUCUGUGAGAGUUUUAGCUUCUGUACCUGACUUUAUUUUCUCGAUUUGGAAAAGGCAAAAUGGGUACGAUAUUUGAACGCUAAGACCGGAGCAUUAGAAGUAAAUGAGACGUCGUAGACUUUGUUCCUUCUUUCAUUUGAGCUUCUCGUGUUAAACUGGCAGGCGUUUGGCUCUUUGGCUUUAGAUACUACUGUUAUUAACCGUACUGAGUGAUAACUUUUAAACUGUGAAGUGUAUGAGGAAAUUGCUCUCAGAUGUGGAUAGCAACUCCUGUUUUCAUUCAGGCAAGUUUCAAAGUGUUGUCAUACUCCAUAACUAUGUGAAUCUCACAGGAACAUCCACCUCAAAAUAAAUAAAAUAUAUAUUUUCUGCAGAAAAAAUGUAGGACUAUUAAGAUUUUUUACAUUGUGUAAAAUAUUAAGUAUAUUUAAGUAAAAAUUUGGGGAAAAUAGGUACAUUUACUCUUGAAAUUUCUCAUUAAAGUAAUAGGGAAAAAAGUCAAUACUGUAAUACAGUAAUAAAAAUAAUCU